AUGUGACGUGUGUAAAUGUGACUUGUGUGUAAAUGUGACUUGUGUGUAAAUGUGACUUGUGUAUAAAUGUGACGUGUGUGUAAAUGUGACGUGUGUAAAUGUGACGUGUGUAAAUGUGACGUGUGUAAAUGUGACUUGUGUAUAAAUGUGACUUGUGUGUAAAUGUGACGUGUGUAAAUGUGACUUGUGUGUAAAUGUGACUUGUGUAUAAAUGUGACUUGUGUGUAAAUGUGACGUGUGUAAAUGUGACUUGUUUGUAAUUUUUGGUUGAUAAAUGUGUAUUCAUAAACGCGACUUGUCUGUGUUAACUCCUGUUUACCGUAGCCGUGUGAUGGCGUGUGUUAAUUUAUCUAUGGAUGUGAUGGAGGAUCACUCAGAGCGACGUGGGCAUCGGGAUGACGAGGGCCCACUGAUUAAACAUUACAGAGUCUCUGAGCUCAUUCCUGCCCCAGAACUUCCUCUGCACCAGCUUCUGAAGAGAGAACCGGCAGUCUGGGCCGCCGUGCAGAUCAGCAGUGGGGUUUUGAGCGUUGGACUCGGAGUCAUGUUUGCUGUGUCCUUCCCAAUUAAUCACCUGUUACUCAUCUUGUUCAGAGUCCCGAUUAUCACUGGCAUUCUGUUCCUGACUGCUGGAUUUUUCUCCAUGCUGCUCUACAGACACCCCGCAAUCUUACAGAUGUGUUUUCACUCCAACAUCUUCUGCCUGGUCGUAGCUGCGUUGGGAGCCGUGCUGCUGUGUGUGGAUUUAGCCAAGCAUAACGCUAUCCCUGACAAUGAGAAGCAGGAGAAAAAGCUGCAACAUGAGGUGGAAGCCCUGGUGCUGUGUGUGACGUUGCUGGACAUGCUGGUCUCCACCGUCCUCAUCUUCUUGAUUAACGCAGAGAAACGCCGUCACGAGAAGAAAUGACUCCGCUCUCAGCUUUAAACCCAGAAGGAAACUUAAUCCGCCGCAAGUAACUGAUCAAAGUCGAGUUAUUUAAAUGGACGCGCUAAAGCUUCUUCAUCAAAAUAUUUCUUCGUGAGAACGGCCUGAAAGCGUUCGAAAGCGAGUCGACUCUUUAAGCUGAAACUGUAGCUGAGAAUAUAUGAGGCAGUUUGUUUGUUUUUUGUUUGUUUUACAUGUUACACUUGCAGUGUAUAAAUAAAUUCGAUAAAAAAAUAUUUCGAUGUAAACCUACAGAAUCUUUGAAUCUUUUCGGUAAUUAAGUCUGAUUAUACUUUAGUGUUUUCGUCCGUUCAAACGGAGCACGAGUUCCACUGAGGCUGAAACCUGAGACUUACUUUCCCUUCGCCGUCAUUUAUUAAACAACAGAAAUCGUAAACUUUGUUCAGUCUAGGACAAAAUGUCAAGGAGUC